AGCGUAUUGAUGAGAGAGAGAGAAUACACGAUAUUCCAGGCGCGGAUGGCUCCGAUCCAGUUGGACCGACGGCGGCUCCGAUCGACAAGGAGGUCCGCCGAAUCCACGGGUGGUGGUUCUCGCUUCCUUCCGCCUUCAAUUUCGUAUCCUUUUUCCCUCUCAUUCUCCGCCUCUUCUUCAUCGUCGAGACGACGAUGCCAUCCAGCAAGAAGAGAAGGAAACGAUCUCGAUGAGCAAUCGACAGCUGCGACCUCUUAGACAAGCGAUCGAUCAGGCAGCAGCAUCGGCAGGAGGAGAAGACGACUACUGCCCCUCGUCUUCCUCCUCCGCGUUGCUGUCGGCCCCCAAGAAUGCCCGGGUCAAGUUCCUCUGCAGCUUCGGCGGGAAGAUCCUCCCCCGCCCAUCCGAUGGCCGCCUCAAGUACGUCGGCGGCGACACCCGCGUUCUCGUCGUCACCCGCGCCGUCUCCUUCUCAGAGCUCAGGGAGAGGGUCCAGGCGAUGUUCCGGCGGUGCAAGGUGAUCAAGUACCAACUGGUGUCGGAGGACCUCGACAUUCUCGUCACCGUUGCCAGCGAUGAGGACCUCGCGCACAUGCUCGACGAGUACGACCGCGUCGAUGCGCUCCACCCUCGGUCUCCAUCCGCCGUCUCCUCUCCCCGCUUCCGCCUCUUCCUCUUCCCCUCCCCCUCCCCUUCCUCUGCCUCCGACACGGCUUCCGCCGCGACCCUCGGCCAGCGCUACGUCGACACCAUCAACGCGGUCAUGCCCGGCAGUCCCCCGAUCUUCAGCAUCUCCAACGCCUCCUCCGGCGCGAACUCCCCCACCUCCACAACCGAAUGCUCCGGUACCUUCUUCGCCUCGCGCCCCGUCGCCCUCGGAGGCGGAGGGAUGCACCGCGUCCGGAGCUCGCCGGACCUGGCCGGCGGAUGUUCCAUGAACCAGACGGGGGGUGCCGGCCUACAGCAUCACCAAAGCCUCCGCCACCAUCACCAUCUCCACCACCCUGCGCAGCACCAUCACUUAAUGCCAACCAGAAGCUUGAAUCUGCAAUGA